AUGAAAAUCCUGCAUUUUCUCACUUUACUGCUUUGGCAUUUGACUUGGCUGUCUCUGGAUCUAGUUCCUGGAGCGCUGAGUAAUUCUGAAGCAGGCCAGGGUAAUCCAGGAUCUAAACUAGGUUUUUUGAAAGCAGAAGGAAAGGAGAGGAACCCCUCCGCACGGGCAGGUACAUUGAGGACUGCAAGCCAUGGAUACAGUGCUGGGACCUCAAAGGCCAGGACUAAAAGCAGUGCUGUUCAGGCUGGAGCUCUGCUGGCCAAGAAUGAUGACUCAAAGAAGGUUCCCUCAAGAACAGCAGCCAUGGAGGGCAAGGUAGGACAUCUCCCCGGCAGACCUUCUGGAGUAAGGACAGUGACUCCAAAGGUUCAAAAUCUUAGCAGCAAGGUGGCUUUGAAAAAAACUGGCACAAGCAGUACUGACACUGAUUCUUUCAAAACCAAAAAGACUAAAGAGCCUGUAACCCAGAGGGAAGCUAAGGAAACUUUCCGACAUCCCCCGAUAACGCCACAUGAAUACAUGCUCUCUUUGUACAGGACUCUCUCAGAUGCAGAAAGAAAGGGUGUUAAUGGAAGUGUAAAACUGGAGGCUGGACUGGCCAAUACAAUAACCAGCUUUAUAGACAAAGGACAAGAUGAGCGAGCACCAACUAUAAGAAAACAAAAAUAUAUUUUUGACAUCAGUGCAUUAGAAAAAGAUGGUUUGCUGGGAGCAGAGCUUCGAAUAUUGAGAAAAAAACCUUCUGAUACAUGGAAGUCUCAUUCUUCUGGAAGAACUUCCCAAGUAAAAUUAUUUAGUUGCUCUACAAACAGACAAGCCUCAACACUCUUGGACUCCCGGACUGUCAGCAUCACUGAUACACCCAAGUGGGAAGUGUUUGACAUCUGGAAACUGUUCAGAAACUUUAAAAAUUUGGUUAACUUGUGUUUUGAACUGGAAACUUUUGACAGGGGGAGAGCUGUUGAUCUCAGGAGUGUGGGAUUUAAUAGAACAGGAAGACAGGUCAAUGAAAAGGCUCUGUUCUUGGUGUUUGGGAGGACGAAAAAAAGAGACUUAUUCUUCAAUGAAAUCAAAGCUAGAUCCGGCCAAGAUGACAAAACUGUUUAUGAGUACUUAUUCAAUCAGAGGCGGAAGAGAAGAGCUCCUCUAGCAACACGGCAAGGGAAGAGGCCCACCAAGAACCUGAAGGCAAGGUGUAGCAGAAAAGCCCUCCACGUGAAUUUUAAGGAUAUGGGCUGGGAUGACUGGAUAAUAGCCCCUCUGGAGUAUGAGGCGUAUCACUGUGAAGGGCUCUGUGAAUUCCCCCUCCGAUCCCACCUGGAGCCCACCAACCACGCAGUUAUCCAGACUUUAAUGAACUCGAUGGACCCCGAGUCCACGCCCCCGACUUGCUGUGUCCCAACCCGGCUGAGCCCCAUCAGCAUCCUUUUCAUUGACUCUGCAAACAACGUGGUCUACAAGCAGUACGAGGACAUGGUGGUGGAGUCGUGUGGCUGUAGGUAGCAGAACAGUUGCUCGUGUGAAU